AGAGUUUAGUAGCAUAGGCGAGCAUAGCGAGGCUCGCGCUAACGGUGUGAGUAAACGGAUACCACAGCGGUGAAAGUAUUGUAAAACAUUACUGAAACGUAAAAUUGUAGUUUUCAUAAAACACUCGUGGUUUGAAAACGAGCACUCUCUCUCCCACACAACCGGUACGGAGCCGAGGAGAGGAGGGUGGCAGGUGUUCAGUUGAGGGAGACGCGUCGCCCCACACCGCUCACCGAGCACCAACAAGGUGCCCAGACAGAGCCCACCGGAUAGACCUGGCUCACGGAGGACGGAAACUCGUGAGUAGGAACUGAGAACAGCUUUUGAUGAGCUAAAUGAAUGAGCAGUUUUCUUUUUCUGAGUUUUACUGGAGACCGCUGACUGGACCAGGCUCCGUUUUCGCAGCAGCUAAAGAACCGUUUCGGUGUUUUUGUAGCGACUUGCUCUGUUUUUUGGGGUGCCAUGGUGCGUGUGUAGAAGCUGUGGACUUUUAUUGUGAAACUUGUAACAAGCUGAUGUGCUUUUCUUAACCUGCUGUGCCAUUUUCACCUCCGCGAGGUGCUGCGCAUCACGGCCGCGCGCCAAGUUCCCUCCGCCGGCAUCAGAGGAAGGAGAGCCCCGCUCCGGGAGCAGAGUGGGAGGAAUCCAGCCUCACCAACGCACUUGGGUUCAAAGUUAGAACUGGAAAGUCUGACAGCUCUUCAGCUUCCCACAACUGAAAAAACCCUCUGGAUGACUCUUUCUCUAAUUUGUUUGCACAUCAAAUCAAGAGAGGGCAUUCACGGAAUCAAUUAGUGGAUUGAUUUUUUUAGAGCUUCGUGGGUAGGUUGGAUAGUUUCCACGUUUUAUCGCUUCUCUGUUAAUGCGACCAGUGUCUAAAUGAUCCACGGGACAAAUCCCCCGGUGGACACGUCAAAACAAGCGCGGAUUUGAGGUUGAUAGCAGGGACUAAAGCCGAUAAACACACUCAAAUAUAUUAAUUUUCAUUUUCUCAACUUUCCAAAUGAAAGCGAGGUCUCUUAAGCCCGCGGACUCCGUUGGAGAUUAUGAUUGUGUAAAACCUUGAAGCCACACCACACAGAAAGUGUGUUUUCGCCACUUCUCUCCUCCGCUGCCUCUUAACGACUUCUGGACCUCGGGGCUGGUGAACUCCUGGAGCUCCGGAGAGAAGCCCGGAGCUGCGACCGGUGCUGGAGGCUUCCGCUCCUCCUGAUUCCUCCCCAUUCCUGCACAGGGCUGGGGGAGCUUUUUUGGUGGAGCCCCCCUCUCUCCCAGGAUGAAACCGGAAAGUAACCGUGAUGGAUCCACGGUGGCUGUGACGAUCAGGGGAUCUGGUACCAGAACCGGGACGGCGCGCAGUGGGGGUCGAUGGCUGCCUCUUUGUCUCCUGCUCCUACUCAGCUGCCGCUGCCACAUGUUGCACGGCCAAGAAGUGGCUCCCUACUUACAAGGAGGUGGGCGAGGGCAGCAGGUGGUGUUGGAGGGAAACAGACUGGUGCUGACCUGCCCAGCUGGAGGCAGCUGGCCUCUGCAGUACCGCUGGACCCUCAACAACAGUAACAUCACUGACUGGACAUCACAGUACAGGUUGUCCAUACCCUCUCUGAAAAGAACUGAUGCUGGACUGUAUCAGUGUAUAGUGAGGAACAGGAUGGGAGCUGUAAUGCACAGGAGAACAGACGUUCAUGUGGCAUUCAUGGGAAGUUUCUCUGCUGAGGAGCAAAGAAAGACGGCAACACAAGGCAAAGCAGCCAUCAUCAGCCUGCCUCCUCUCCCAUCUUUUCCCCAGCCCCUGGUCACAUGGUACAAAGAUGGCCAUAAAAUCAUCCCCAACAACCGAAUAGCAAUCACUUUGGACAAUCAGCUUGUUGUCCUGGCAACCACUGCAGCGGAUGCAGGACGUUACCAUGUAGAGGCGGUGAACGAAAUGACAGGAGAGAAUGCGACAAGCCCCGCUGUCUACCUGAGCAUCUCAGUUGGCGAGAAAACCCGAGGGUCAACAGAUCCCGAGUCAGAGCUUGUGGCUCCGGCGAUGGUGAUUGGACCAAAGAACACGACAGUAGUGGCAGGGAAGGAGGCUACAAUGGAGUGCAUUGCUAAUGCCCGAACGGUUGCAGAUCUUGUUGUGACGUGGAAACGUGAUGGGCGUCGGCUGGCUGUCGGGCAUCGGCUCACCAUUCCUGCCCUCUCCUCUUCGGACUCGGGGUUGUAUAUUUGUGAAGCUUCGCUUGGCAACAGUACGGCCAAAGCCAUGAUGGCAAGGGCACAUCUCAGUGUGAUGGAACCGCCGGCACUGACUGUUCAACCCAAAAAGAAGAUCUUUGCAGAUGUCGACAGGAACAUAGAUAUCCCCUGCCAGGCUUCAGGAGUGCCGCAGCCCAGGAUUGAAUGGUACAAGGAUGCAGUGCCUCUAUCCAUACUGGCCAACCCCCGUUAUAAGGUCAACGCAGCCACUGGGCUGACGGUGCGCCGUGUGCAGCCAGGAGACGGAGGAAUAUUCCAGUGCUUCGCUCGCAGCCCUGCUGGAGAGACUCAGGCUCACACAGAGCUGCUUGUUUCCAGUGUUGCCCCCACAUUAACAUUCCCUCCCUCUGACCAAACUGUAACCGAUGGUGACACGGCUCUGUUUACCUGUCAGAACAAUGGAGCUCCAAAACCUGCCAUUACCUGGAGGAAAGGAACACAGAUUGUAGCCAGCGGCUCUGUCCAGGUUCCCAGGUUCUUGCUGCUGCAAUCUGGUGGUCUACAAAUUCAGCCAGUCAGUUUCCAGGAUUCUGGAGAUUUUACCUGCAUCGCUACCAACACUGAGGGAACCACCAACGCAUCUGCUACCCUCACCGUGUGGACUCGCUCAGUCAUUUCUGUGCCUCCAGUUGACCAGCGUGUUAUCAAAGGAACCACUGCUGUUCUGGACUGUAAUGCUACACAUGACUCCAGGAUUAACAUCAGUUUCAACUGGGACCGCAGUGGGGUGGCGGUUCUGUCAAGCAGCGGCGGUCGUGUUUCCAUCCGGCAGGGUUCUCUCACCAUCAGCCAGACCUGGUCUGGGGACAUCGGGGACUACACCUGCACUGUGACAUCUAAAGCUGGAAACGAUUCCCGCUCUGUACGCCUCGAAGUCAUUGAGUUGCCACAUUCUCCUCGCUCACUGACGGCCCGUCUGAAUGAUUCAGACUCCCGCUCGGUGCACCUGUCCUGGCUACGCCCCUUCGAUGGGAACUCUCCUCUCCUUCACUAUGUGCUGGAGCUCUCUGAGAACAACUCUCCAUGGAAGGUCUACUUGUCCGAGGUUGAUCCGUCAGUGACCGAGGUGUCGGUGGGCGGGCUCACACCUGCCAGAACCUACCAGUUCAGGCUCUGCGCUGUCAAUCAAGUAGGAAGGGGUCAGUACAGCGCAGAAACACAGAGAAUGAUGCUGCGAGAAGAAGCACCCAGUGCUCCACCCAAUAAUAUUGUGGCCAGUGGUCGCACAAACCAGUCCAUAAUGGUCCAGUGGCAGCCUCCUCCAGAAUCGGAGCUCAACGGUGUUCUGCGUGGAUAUGUACUCAGGUACCGUCUGGCAGGAUUACCAGGGGACUACCAGGAGAAGAACAUCAGCAGCCCGGAGACGAACUACUGCCUGCUAAAAGAUCUCAUCAUCUGGACUCAGUACCAGAUCCAGGUGGCUGCCUACACAGGAGCUGGCCUGGGUGUCUACAGCAGUCCCGUCACUGAGUACACACUGCAGGGAGUUCCCACAGCGCCGCCGCAGGAAGUGGAAGUUGUUGCUAUUAACUCGACUACCAUCCGCUUCACGUGGAACCCUCCACCUCAGCAGUUCAUUAACGGCAUCAACCAGGGAUACAAGCUGCUGGUCUGGCUGGAGCAAUCUCCAGAGGACGUUACCGUAGUAACCAUCACUCCUGACUACCCCAGUUCACGUCACACGGGGUUAGUCAGUGGGCUCAGGAAGUUCACCUGGUACUAUGGCUCCAUCCUCUGCUUCACCACACCUGGAGAUGGCCCUCGCAGCCCCCCCAACCUGCUGCAGACACACGAGGACAAACCUGGACCCGUUCGCCAGCUGAGUUUCACCGAAAUCUUGGACAAAUCACUACGAGUCAGCUGGGCAGAGCCCGAGGAAAAAAACGGCAUCAUCACCGGUUACACGCUGUGGUGGGAGGUGCCUGGUGCAGAAUCGAGCAGGGCAGAACGCUCCUUGUCCAACUCCACGUUGCAGUUCCAGCUGACGGGCCUCACUUCCACCACCACAUACACCAUACAGGUGGCUGCACUCACGGCUGCAGGACAGGGCGUGGUCACGUCCUCCACCAUCUCCACCGGGGUUCCACCAGAGCUUCCCGGUGCUCCCUCUAACUUAGUCAUCUCUAACAUCAGCCCUCGGGCGGCCACGCUGAGGUUUCGCCCCGGUUCUGAUGGAAAAACUGCCAUAUCACGGUGGAUAGUUGAAGGACAGGUGGUGAAGGAUGGUGGAAAGGAGGAGCCAUGGAGAGUUGUGUACCAGAAGGACAACCAGCCAAAUGCAGACACACUGGAGAUCCCCAACCUCACUCCAUUCACUCAGUACAGGUUCCGGAUGCAGCAGGUGAAUAUUGUUGGUGCCAGUCCCAUGAGCGCCACCUCUAGGCUGAUUCAAACCCUACAGGCUGCCCCCGACACACACCCCUCCAACCUGAACCUCGUCUCUGCUACGCAAACCAGCCUGUGCUUCAGCUGGAAGCCUCUCCCAGAAUCUGAGUACAACAGCAGCCCAGAGACCAUGGGCUACCGGCUCCGUGUGUGGAGGACAGACGGAGACGGGGAGGACAGGACCGAUGAUGUGAAGGGAGAUGUGGGCACCACUGAGGUCACAAUAGAAGGCCUGAGUCCCUGGACCCAGUACCAGGUUCAGAUACAAGCCUUCAACUCUAUAGGGGCAGGACCGUGGAGCCCUACCGCCGCAGCGCUCACCGCUGAAUCAGGUGUGGUACGAUGAAAAGGACUCUGAAGGUUCCCCGAAGGUUCAGGUGGUGGAAGGGGAAGGAAAUUUUUCACUGCUCCUUGGAGCCCUCCAAAAAUACACAAUGUAUGUCCUGCGGGUUCUGGCGUUCACUCGGCUUGGCGACGGCCCACCCAGCAACCCCAUUCUGCUCCGAACCAAGGAAGAUGUACCAGGCCCUCCAGUCCGGAUGGUGUUUCCAGAAGUUCGAUCAACAUCAGUUAGAGUGGUGUGGCAGCCGCCUGCGUUCCCCAACGGCAUCAUAUUAGGCUACCAGAUAUCCUACCGCCUUGACAGCAGGAACCCGCUGCGUUGGACCACAGUGGAGGUGGGCUCCAACGCUCGGCAGUUCACCGUCACCGGACUCUCCUCUGAGCAGACCUACAGGUUCCAGCUCACGGCUCGCACUGCGGUGGGUUGGGGCGAGCCACAGGACGCCCUGGUGGUAACCACAGAGCGGAGAGAGCGUCCCGUGCCUCCCAGAAAGCUGUCCGUUCCUCAGGAUGAGGUUGAAUCUUGCAGACUCCAUCUCUACUGGUUCGCAGGAAGCUCGGGCUCCUGUCCACUGAGAUAUUUCACUCUGCAGUUUAUGGAGCUGCCCAGUGGGCCCUGGAAGACACACACAGCUGACAUCCCACAUAACGUCACCUCCUGGACCAUAGACAGGCUAAAGCCCUUCACGUCAUACAAGUUUCGGAUGUUUUCCACCAACGACGUAGGGGACAGUGUCCUCAGCAAGGAGACGGAGACUGUUACAACUCUGCAGGAUGUGCCUAAUGAGCCUCCAGUGAUACUGUCAGUGAAACCUUUUACUACUACCUCGGUGCUGGUGCAGUGGAAGCGUCCCAGUGAAGACAGCAGCAACGGAGUCUUGACUGGAUACAGAGUGUAUUACAGAGAGCUCCCAGCUAACACGUCUACUCUCACUGAAGCAGAAAUUCAAACAACCAAAAACAACACCACAAGCGCUCUCAUAAUGACCAAGAGCACCUUCAAAAUGGUCAGUGGGGCCUCGCUCACUGAGUUUGAACUGACACAACUAAAAAAGUUUAAACGCUAUCAGAUCGUGAUGACGAGCUACAACAUCAUCGGGGAGAGCCCACCUUCUGACCCGAUUGAGGUGUCUGUUGGAGAAGCAGCUCCAUCGGUGGCGCCUCAGUCUAUCAAAGUGUCAGCCGUGUCUCCCUCCAGCUUGGAAGUGACCUGGGACACGCCGCCCCUCGAGACCCAGAAUGGACUCAUCCAAGGAUACAAGAUCCACUACUGGGAGAGAGAGAAUCAGAACCAGUCUGAGAAGGUGAAGGUGAUUUUUGUCCCAGACACUCGGGUGCACCUGACAAACUUGAGCAGCUACACGCCUUAUCUGGUCACACUGACUGCCUUCAACACCGCCGGCGAUGGACCGCCUAGUGACCCCCGAGGGGCCCGGACCCUGCAGUCUGCUCCCAGCCAGCCAAACUACCUGUCCUUUUCUGAGGUGACAGGCGGGAGCGUCAACGUCUCCUGGGGGACUCCACUCACCCCCAAUGGGCAGGUAGAAGGCUACAGGGUCAUCUAUCAUCCUACAGCUCCUGUCCAAGGAGUCAGUAAGGUGGUGACAGUAGACGUGAAAGGGAGCUGGCAGCGAUGGCUGAAGGUUCGAGAUCUGGUCAGAGGAUCCAUCUACACGUUUAGUGUUCAGGCUCUGACUGUGAGCUACGGACCACCAAUACAAGCCAACGUCACGGCUCAGCCUGUCAAAGGGACACCUGGGGCCCCUAUGGACAUGUCCAUCACCAAGACAUCCUCUGCCCUCACUAUCCACUGGUCAGAGGGAGAGGUUGGCUCCGCCCCCGUGAUGGGAUACGUUAUUGAGGCGCGUCCUUCAGACGAGGGAGUGUGGGACUCCUUCAUCAGGCUGCUGCCGCCCAGCAGCAGGUCUGUCUCAGUGCCUCUGGAGCGCCUGAGGUCGGGGAUCAGCUACGAGUUCAGAGUCAUCGCUGUUAAUCGUCAUGGUUACGGACAGCCGAGUACUCCAUCUGUGGCUCUUGCUGCGCUGUUGGAGCGUCCGUUCUAUGAGGAGUGGUGGUUCCUGCUGGUCAUGGCUCUGGUGGGACUCAUCCUCAUCCUGGUCCUGGUCUUUGCUCUGCUGCUGCACGGACACAGCACCAAGUACAAGACCUGUGGCACAGGGAAACACACGACCACAGGAGAGGAGUCAGUAACACUGGACAACGGAGGUUUCACCGCUCUGGAGCUGAACAGCAGAACGCUUAACACCAAGAACUCCUUCCUGAAGAAGAACGGCACCCGGUCUCCUCCCAGGCCCAGUCCAGGUGGUCUUCACUACUCUGAUGAUGAUAUCUGCAACAACUAUAAUGGAGCUGUCCUCACUGAGAGCACCACACUCACAGAGAAACCCACUGAGGUCUCUGAGUCAGAGCUGACGGACAGCGACUACGAGGACGAGCAGCCGAAGCACUCCUUCGUUAACCACUACAUGAGCGACCCCACCUACUACAACUCCUGGAAGCGGCAGCCCAAAGGUCUAAAGGGGAUGGCUGCUCCUUUCGGCUACGAGGAGUGUGCCACUGCAGACACAGAGCCCUACUACCAGACCGUGGUCACCCAGCACAGCACAGGCGGAGCAUACACACCCACGGGGCAGCCUGCACACACACACGUCAACCCCAACACCAACCCACCGGGGUCGCGCACGCCUGUGACAGGAUUCUCUUCAUUUGUUUGACUCUAGAGACAACAUUUGCACAAAGGAAAUCACACACGUAUACAUGUGGACGGUCAGGGGAGGGUGUGUGUGUUCAGACUGUAGGAACUGAUGAAGAGGCAGCCCGGCAAGCCCCAAAGAACUGAACUCACACCUGUCACUCACCUCCCCCACCUGUUUAUGAAGACCCUAUGUUUGAUGUGUGCUCUUUUGAAUCUUUUACUCCUCUUUGUCGCUGUGCUCACACACAAACACACACACACACAGUUGCUGUCCUCAUUUCCCAAAAAGUCUCAACAGCUUACCUCUCCAGAUACUCACGCCCACUCCAGAGACUCUCCAGUGAGAGCCAGGAGCGAUGACUGGAUUAGUCUGUGAGAGGCCACCUCGGAGCUGGAGGAAGCUGCGAGUUCUGCACAAAAAUCUUAUCUGCUGAUUUCUGUAUCUACACAUAAGUGCACAAGUCACCCACACACACACACACACACACACUGAUGCACCAUUUUCAGCAUCUCCUACUGAGAGAGGAACGUUAAGGUGGUGCAGAAGUGAACUGCUGUUGCUGACAGACUGGUUCAUGCACACAAACAUAAAGCUGUCAGCUUUCAAAAAUCACCACAGAGAGAAGAAACAAAUCAAUAAUCGCUUUUUGGAUUUGAGAAUGAAUGAGGAGUGUGUUGGUUUACAGCACUUACUGCGUUCUCAAUAAGAGUGUUGAUCAGUCUCUGAGAGCGAUAUGUGGCAUUUGGGCUGGAAUAAGUGACAAAUGUAGGUUUUUUAUUUGUUUGUUUUACCGUGUACUGCCUGUUCUCCUUUUACCGCAGCCUCCUAAGCCAUAAUGCUUGCACUGAGCCAAAACCCGAAACAUUUCAUUCUCAUUCUGUUCAAAUCUGAUUUUUGUCCUCGUGUGAGUGUGACGCGCGUGCGUACAGGCAUGCGUGUGAAACGGCUCUGUGCUCACUGUAGAAGCCUGCUCAAAUGUCUGUGAAGUCCACCGCUAAGCAAAGUGUGCCAUCAUUGUGUAUAUGUUUGUAUUUUUCAAAUGACUUUUGUACAGCAAAACCCUUUUUACUCGUUGUUUGUAGUUUUUCCAUGUUUGUUUGAUUCAGAGCAAAAGAGCACGGCAGAAAGUUCAUCAAACCAAUGAGAGGAAAGGAGGCAACGGGUACCGCAGAAAUCAAUCAAAAGGAGCCAGUUGACAGGAUGUUUGAGAGGAUUUUUCUUCUAUCUGUGGAUGAUUAAACUUUAAGUCUUGAAGCUUCACCAUCUGAUUUCCAGGAUCAACCAGGCUGACAACGAUGUACUCUGUUCUCUUCAGCUGCAAACAACCCUCCGGUUUUUCGCUCAUGUUUGGUUUGUAGGUUCUUCGGCUGGCCAGCAGCGCCCUUCACUCUGUCACACUUGUUUUCAGCCUCAUGCAGUGUGAAUAAAUGGUCAUUCUAUAA